AUGAGCUCCAUCAGUGAAGCAACUACCAAAUUUGCCCUUGACUUUUUCAAACUAUUGAACAAAGAUCAUCCAUCUGACAAUAUCAUCUAUUCUCCUUUGAGUAUCUCAGCUGCCCUGGGCAUGGUCCUUCUUGGGGCCAGAGGUAAUACUGCCACCCAGAUACAAAAGGUUCUUCGCUUUGCUGAACUUAGAGAAAAUGAAAAUCCAGGAACAGGAAGGUCUUCGGAAGCAACAAGUGAUGAGAAUUCAGAGAGCAGUUGCAGACGACCUCUUCAUCCCCAACUGCCGGUUCCUGAUGAUCAGUGUGAUAUACCUGGAGGGAUUCAUUCCCAGUUUCAUGACAUCUUCUCAGCAAUCAACAAACCUACCACUUCUUACGAGCUGGCUAAUGCCAACAGACUGUAUGGAGAAAAGACAUUCAAUUUUCUUCAGCAAUACCUAUCCUGCAUACAAAAGUUAUACCAGGCUGAAUUGAAACCAGUUGAUUUUCGGAAUGCUGCAGAGGAAACCAGAAAGCAGAUAAAUUUGUGGAUUGAAACCUUUACCAAGGGUAAAAUCAAGGACUUCUUUGGCCCACACGCUCUUUCUGAAGAUACUAAAUUAGUCCUCGUGAAUGCGGUCUACUUCAAAGGGCAAUGGGGAAAGGAAUUUAAGAAAGAAAACACCAAAGAAAGACCUUUUCAGAUUAACAAGACUACAAGCAAACCUGUGCAGAUGAUGUACCAUAAGGGCGAGUAUAAAAUAGCGAUAAUAGAGGAGCAUCACAGUCAGGUGCUUGAACUCCCAUACAAGGGUGGUGACCUGAGUAUGUAUAUACUGCUGCCAAAAGACAACAUGGGUCUAACACAGCUGGAAAAGGAACUUACCUAUGAGAAAUUAACAACUUGGAUUAGCCCCGACCAUUUGAAAGAAGAUGAAGUGGAUGUGGCUCUUCCUCGGUUCAAAGUCAAGACAAGUGCUCAACUUAAACAAUAUUUAGAGGCUUUAGGAAUGACCGAUGUGUUUCACCCAGGAGCAUCAGAUUUAUCUGGAAUGGCAAAAGAAGGUGGCCUGUUUGUGAGUGAGGCUGUCCAUAAGGCUUAUAUAGAGGUCAAUGAAGAGGGCACUGUGGCAGCAGCUGCAACUGGAAUUGGCAUACAUACAAUCUCACUAAGAAUACCUGUACAGUUUGUGGCUGAUCACCCUUUCCUCUUCUUUAUCAGACACCAAAAAACCAAAUGCAUUCUCUUCUAUGGUAGAGUCUCUUCUCCUUAA